CGUCAUAACGUCAACCCAAGCCAAGCUGAGACAGCGCAGCUCCAACCAAAGCAGCCAUAUUGGUCACAGUCAAGUCGGCUUUUUUGCACUUUUCAUCGUCGGCAUUUCCCCUUGUUAAAAAACAACAACAAAUCGUUGAGAACAAUAACCCGAGCCCGGCGUCCAACUGGAGAGCCCACAGAGCCCGGACGGCCUUCUGUGUCGCAGAAAAAUGAGUCCAACCGAUGCUAAGCGAGGGGCUAAACGCAGGAAGAAUAAGCGGGGCGGUGGCAGUAGCUGCAGUGCUGUCUGCAAUAGCGGCACCAGCAGCGGCGUCGUCGGCAGCAAGGCCGGGGUGGUCUCGGCCCUCGGCUGCGCGGGAGCUCCGACACCUGCCGGCUUCCUCGCACCUGCCACGGGCGGCAACAGGGGCUCCGUGACGGGCAUCAACGGAGAGCUCAAAAUCAACACCAGCGUCACGCCGCAGUUCACCGAAGGACCGGUCAACGCUGAUUUCACCGGAGUCCUUCAGACCCCCUUCACGUUCGGCCUCAACCAGCGAGCCCCGUACGCAGCCGGCGACCGCUGCCUCCUGUGCCGCUGCGAGCGUAGCAAAGAUGGCCUGUGGCCUUCGGAGGCGGGCGUCCCCGACCAUCAGAAUGGCGCGUCCGAGGCCGGCCAGCCCCCCGCGGCCCUCCCGCUGCCGAUGUGGGUGUGCUCCGACUGCCGGCGCACCGUGGAGAAGGAGGACCGGCACACUGCGCAGGAGCAGCUCGGCAGUCAGGACUUUCUUUUGCACAUGCCCGUGGCUAACGGCACCCUGGGCACGGACGCGGUGGCAGCGACGGACAGGCUGAGCGCUCACACGCCGCCCAUGCUACCCGCCCCCGACCUUGCCACACCCAUUCCCGGCGACACCGCGUGCGACUGCGAGGCCUGCAACGAGAGGCGAGAGAUCUCGGCAGAGUCCGAACGGGAGUCGCAGCAGCUGCAGAAGCAUUGGUCGGAGGUGCGCUACCUGGUGCGCUGCAUUUACCGGCAGGCCGGUACUCCGCUGGCGGACGACCGGGACCAGCCGCUGGAGCGAGACAAGGACGGGAUGAAGGAGCUGGUAGACAGACUCUGCGAGAAGGACCCCUACCAGCUCUACCAGCGUCUGGAGCAGCAGGCCCGCGAGUACGUGCUGGAAAUGAAAGCGCGUCUCCUAAAGCACCUCUCGACUAGCCCCAAGACAUCGCCGGGACCUGCGGGGGCGGGGACGGGGACGGCGGCCGUGCCCGCCGCCCAAGGUCCUCCGCAGGCCCACCAGUUUGUGUCCCUGCUGCUGGAGGAGUACAACGCCCUCUGCCAGGCGGCACGCACCAUCAGCGGCUUCCUGCUCACCCUGGAGAAUGAGCACCUCCAGAAGUUCCAUGUGACGUGGGAGCUGCACAACAAGCACCUUUUUGAGAACCUGGUCUUCUCAGAGCCCAUCUUGCACAGCAGCUUGCCUGCACUCGUUGCACAGCUCAGACACGGCACCACCUCGCACGACUCGUACAAUGAGGACAUGUACCACACCUUGCUGGAGCGCUACCAGCGGCUGGAGCAGGAGAUGGCGAGUGUGGCCGGCCAGUGGCAGGAGUGCGAAAAGAGGAUCGACGACUAUGUCGACGAGCAGUUACUGUUCAAAGUGGAGGGCCAGAGUUUCACCAACCAAAGAACAGAGCCGCACAAGUCGCCGGUGGGCAAAAAUACUUUAAAGACAAAGCAGCGAUUACUCAAAGAAGACUGGGAGUUCUUCAAGCAGCGGCGGUACAUCGAGGAACAGUUGCCCAACAAUAAGAAGCUGUCCUGUGGAGACAACUUCACUGACACGAUGAGAAUGCUGUCGUCGCGUCUCAGUAUUCCCGAUUGUCCCAAUUGCAAUUAUCGGAGAAGGUGCACGUGUGACGACUGCAGCCUCUCGCACAUCCUGACGUGCGGCAUCAUGGACUCGCCCAUUUCAGAGGACCUGCCCAUCAAGCUGCCCCUGCAGGGCGACGCCCCCCCGCGGGACUACCUGGCCCAGGUGCACCCGCCCAGCCUCUCCUCGGGCAGCUCGGUGUCGGGCUCCAACUCGAGCUCCCCCAUCACCGUCCAGCGGCAUCCCCGACUCGUCCUACCUGCCGGGGAUGGCAACACUUUCGUCAGCGAUGACGACGAAGUGCCUCCAAUGUCCGCCAUGUACCCUGUGAGCGGCUACCGUGACAACGGCGUGACAGCAGUCAACGGACAUUGCGGCGACAUGAACGGCAGCGGCGGCGUCGGCGCGGCACAAAACGCAGCCUCCCCUCGCAUCAGCAGCAGCGGUAGCUCAUCGGACGGUGACGACGAGGACUUGGGGCGGCGGCAGGAGACCAACAGUCCUCCUCCGUCGUACAACAACCACCAGCAGCAGGUAGAGCAGGUCCAGCACGCGUGCGAAUGUCACGUAUGCAACCAAGACCCCAUAUCUUCCAACAUCCUGGGCCCGGCCGGGUGCCUCCCCCCCGGGCGACUCCAGUCGGCGCCUCCCCCGCCUUCCAUGGGCCACCAGUUUUUCACGGACACCGGCAAGUCGACGACAACCAACCCCGCCCGGCCCGCCCUCCACCUCUACCCGCACAUCCACGGACACUUACCGCUGCACAACUUCUCCCGACCGCUGCUGCACCCCACGCUUUACCCGCCGAGUCCUCCCCUCACGCACAACAAGCCUCUGCCUCCCAACCUCACGAGCAACCACUCGGCAGCCAAGCAGCCGGUCUUCAGCCCGACGCUCCCGGAGCACGUCUACCAGAACAGCUUUGGUGGCGAUGGCGGCGGCGGCAGCACCGGCGGCGGAGGAGGGGGCACGGGCGACUGGAACAACUCGCUGCAGUGCCUCUCGCUCAACUUUGAAAGUCUGUGGGAUGCGGCUGUGAUGAAGAGCUUGGAUCAAUCCAUCAGUCAAGUGCUGCUGCCCGACUUGCUGCAAGGGGAAAUCCUGGACCCUCCCCUCACCGACGUCCCUCUCCCGCCAACGCCCGCCGGCCCCCAAGCGGACCACCACCACCUCCACCAUCACCAUCACCACCACCCCCACCCCUUGCUUCCCGCCACCCCUGCUCCCCACCCUUCCUCAUCGUCAUCCUCGUCCCUGUCCUCGUGUUCGUCGUCCGAGGCCCGCGAGCAGAAAAAGAGCGGCGCCAAGAAGAAAUGUCUGUACAACUUCCAAGAUGCCUUCAUGGAGACCAACCGGGUGGCCCUGGCGACGUCGGCGUCCACGGCGUCCGUGUCGUGCACCGCCACCACUGUCCAGUCAAGUAAUAACCUACCUAUCCACCUAGCGUCUAAAACCUCAUUAGAUGACGUAUUUCACAGUUUGGGUAAAGAGGACCACAGGCAAGUCACCCAAGCCGCCCCCCGAAGCAACCCCGCCGCACUCAGCCCCCUCCCACCGCUCUCCGCUCCUUCCCUUCCCGCCACCCCCUCCGCACACUUGCCCGCCAUGGUGCCGCCGCCCUUCCCCAAAAUGGCCGCCCCGGCGCCGGACCUGGGGGAGGUCCACCACCCCGGUCUGUGCCUCCCGCCGGCCGAGCCGGCCGUCUCCUCGUCGGACGGUCAGCUCAGCGCCCCGCCCAGUGUCUGCAGCGAUCCCGAAUGCGAGGGGCACCGAUGCGAGGGGAACCGGGCGUACGAGCACCCGCCCUACGACGGUGAGGAGACCCAGGAUGAGGACAGCUGCUCGGAACACAGCUCCUCCACCUCCACCUCCACCAACCAGAAGGAAGGAAAAUACUGUGACUGCUGCUACUGCGAGUUCUUCGGACACGGCGGGCCUCCAGCGGCGCCAACCAGCCGCAACUACGCCGAAAUGCGGGAGAAGCUGCGUCUGCGGCUGACUAAACGCAAGGAGGAGCAGCCCAAGCGCGAGGAGCAGCAGCCGGCGCCCGAGCGCGACGGCCCGGCCGGCGGCGUGGAGGACCACCGUCGGGUGGAGGACCUGCUGCAGUUCAUCAACAGCGCCGACAGCAAGCCGGCCUCCAGCUCCAAAGCGGCCAAGCGGGCUCGCCACAAACAGAAGAAGAUGGAGGAGAAGGCCCGGCAGGAGGCCGAGGCGCAGCAGGAGGAGCAACGCAGGCGGCAGGAGGAGGAAGAGGCCGCGCUCCAACGCGAGCUCCUCCGGCUGCAGGAGCACUGCAGCGCCAAAAAGAAGAGGAAGGACAAAGCAAAGGAGAACACGGCGCCCGCGCCAAACAACAACAACAACCCGCAGCCCCUCAAGCAGACGGCGCAGAACGUGCUGGACCACCUGAGCAACGGAAAGUCGCAGCUCCUCCAGAGCCUCAUCUGCCCCAAGGACCUGCGGACGGAACCCCGAGCCAACGGCCAGCACGGCGAGCGGGGCUUCCCGCACCUCCACAACCACGACGUCAAAGUCAAAGCCAAGCCCGCAGCCAAGCUGGCGCCGUGCGAGCACGCGCCCGUCAAGAAGGACCCGGAAGCCAACGGCGGCGUCACCCCCGCGGAGACCAAAGCGACGCGCGCCAGGCCCGCCGAGGCGCCGCCCGCCCCUCCCUCGGAGCCGAGGGGCAACGACAGGAGCGCCGGUGGGAAAAGGCAGCUGAAGGAAGACCACCGGCGGAGCCCGCCCGCGUCCAACCCCUCGCCCUCGCCCCCUCUUCAUCUUCAACCUCACCUUCCUCCUCCCUGCCAGUCGGAACACACGGAGCAGAACGGUAAACCGCCCAGCGCAGAGUCCCCCCAACCCAAAGGCAAAGCCAAGAAGAAUAAGAAGAAAAAGGGGGACAAGAUCAACACCUCCAUAGAUGAUGUGUUCCUGCCCAAAGACAUCGAUCUGGACAGCACCGAGAUGGACGAGACAGAGCGAGAGGUGGAAUAUUUUAAAAGGUUCUGUUUGGACUCGGCCCGGCAGACGCGUCAGCGGCUCUCGAUCAACUGGUCCAACUUUAGUUUGAAAAAAGCCACCUUCGCAGCACACUGAGUCCAGUCCAUCCCCAAAAACACAGGCCCCCACCACACGUCCCCCUUUGUACCUCCACUCACCACCAAUCUACCGUUUACCCUGACUGUUUUGUUCCCGAUGCCGCCUUGCUUUUUUUUCUUCCUUCGCCCCCCCCCCCUGCUCCUCAAGCAUAUCCCUCCAACGGACCUGCUGAACUCGGAAGAAAAGCAAAAUCCGGGAUUUCCCCCCCCCUCCCCCCCACCUUCACGUGUUUGUGUGCUUUUCGUCGGCCAUUUUCUCUCUGACUGAACAAGCCAUGGUCUGAAAUGAUUACGAAAAAAAUCGAAGAAAGAAAAUUAUUAUUGUUAAUUAAAGAGCUGUAUUUGACAAUAUUGUGGCUUAUUAUCCCAUUGUCCUACCCCCGCCUCGUCGACCCCCCCUCUACCUCUUCCCCCAAACACGGCGUCUCAAAAGGCGCUUUGGUCAGAUGGCGUCCACUCCCUUCGCUCCCGCUCAGAAUACUUGACAGUGUUUUUUUCCCCCUUUUUUAGAUCCUGUUAAAAAAAGAGUAAAAAAAUGCUUUUUUUCUGUUUUUUUUUUUUUUUUUUUUACAUUGCGUAGCCAUCUUGUAUGUGCGUGCGCGUGAGAGAGAAAAAAAGCUCACUAUCAAAUCGGUUAUAGAGUGUCUAUUGUAUUAACACUGCAAAAGCCCAACCGGCUACUUUUUUUUAACAUAUUGUUAAGUAAUAUGAAAUCAUGUCUUUCUUUUUGAAAGAUGGAAUACACUAUAGUAUGGCA